UUGAAUGAAAAACACUUUACUUUUCCUCUGCAGUACAAACAUUCUGGUACGUUCGCUAACCGUAAAUUAAUAUGAAGAACCCCCCAAAAAUCCGAAAAUGUGCGACGAUAUGUCCAUAUCCUAGUAACUCUAUUGAAAAUGCGACCCAUUGUAGUCAAUCAGUCGUGAAAAUGCGACCCCAUCCAGCGGCACAUCCCCAUUGGCCUCUUAUAAGGAAGUACCCCCCACCCCAACCAGGCGCUACUGCUGAUAGCCCACGUGCAGACGACUCCUUAAUUAAGUAUUUGCUGCUUAUUUCGGGCAAUUCCUUGCACGUGCGGCAACCAAAUAAAAGACGUCUGCACGCUUGCCAAGGGCCGCUCCGUCCCUUAUGGUUGAGGAGAAGACUGAGGAGAGUGGGUCCGUAUAAACUAAAAAAGAAAGCCAGCGGAACUUCAGAGAGGAAUGUAGUUGAUGGUUUACACGGCAUGUAUUGCAGAGUCAUUUUCUAUGUUUUGCCACUUUUAGGUGUUCUUCAGAAUAUUUUCAAGGUGAAACUGUCUACGUAUGCGUGCAACGAUGACAUAGAAUGCAAAGGUAACUCUCUGAACGCUUCGUCUAUAAGUAUUUGUUGUUCAGGCUUGUGCCAGCUAUGGUGGAAAUGCCGCGGCGGUUGUAUUUCAGACGAUUCUUGCAGCGGCGGUAAAAUCUGCUCUCAAAAUCGGUGCCAAGAGGACGAACUCUUUUUUUCAGCUGACUGCAAAGAUGAUUUCGAUUGUUCCAAGAACGAGGAGUGUGAAUCUGGCCAAUGUAAGCCUGCUCCAAUACCUGUACCAACGGACGCUUCCUCCCAUCUUUCGGUUCGCUUUCACUUCGAUAUCAAUGUUGUUGUUAUAAUCUCAGCCGUUGUGGGCGGUUUGAUCUUUCUCGCUGUCGUCGGCUACGGAUCCUAUCGCUUCUUAAAACGGUACAGAAGACGACGAUUUUCACGUGGAUUGUAUUCUCAGCCCUCGCGAAACUCUUUUGAAUCUUACUCUCUGUGCAGGCAAGAUUCUACACCAAGGGUUAUUUUUCCCGUAAGAACUUUAAGACCACCCCCUGAAUAUGAUUCCGUCACACUGGACAGCAACUUGGAAGUGGAACCACCACCACCAUAUGAUCAACAUCAUGUGACUUCUUCCUCAAGGUCGUCUGAAGAGCAGGUUUGA